UUCGCCGUUACAGCGUCUCUACAGUGUGUCUACAUGUACGCAGGCGGGUUUGUGUUCACAUGACAUUUAUAUCCAGAUCCAGAUCCAGAUCUCUCUAAAUUGAACUGACACGGUCCGGUUGUUGUCAUAUGAACUGUGGUUUCUAUCAGCAGCGUGAGUGGAGAUGAAGCCGCCUCCGCGUAAACGAAGUAAACCUCGCAGCCUGAGUCCUGUACCAGAAUCGCGGCGUCCAGCUCGUAACGUUAAACAAGACUCGAAUUUGGACCGAGCGGAGCAGAGGAGGCUCCUGAACGGCCUGAAGAGACUCGGCAGGACCAGUGGCGGGAACCGAGACAUCGACUACGAUUCGCUGAUAAAGAGCGUGCCCUCUCGGUCCAUGUCAGAGAUUCAGGCUGUGGUGGAGUCUCUGAAGAACAAAGUGAUCUCCUGUGCGAGAUCCAAGCUGAAGAAGAACAGAUAUGAGGAGAAGAAGAUCCGAAAGCCCAUCGAAGUGUGGACACGCUUGGCUUCAGCUCUGGCUGGAACACACGAAGAAUCCAUUUCCAGUGCUUUUUCUCAGAUGCUGAUCGUCUCAUCCACAGAGCCUCGCACCCUGAGGAACUGCGACCCUCCAAAGACCUACAGACCUGUUGGUCGCAGACCAGCGCAAGGUGAGCGCCCUGGCACCAGCACAACCCAGCCUGUCCAGGUAGCCAAGACUCCAGCACCCACCAUGGGCCCAGCAGACAGAGCACCAAACAGCAAAAUCCCUGGAACCUCACCUGCGGCCACCUCCACCCAUUUGUCUGCUGUCCCCGCUUUACAGACCGCACCAUCCUCUGCUGCCUCUUCCUGUUCUGCCACCUCCAGCGGCUCCACGCCAGCCGCAGCAGUUCAGUUGGGUAACACCAGCAGUGUGGAGAGCGUGGACUUUGAGAAGCUCUAUCGUUACCUGGGUCUCAUCCACAAGCCCGAUAAUGAGUGUCAGCUCACCCCCAUGGAGAGUGCUAUCCUGUUGGACCUGUUGAUGUCUCUCCAGGAGGAGCUUCCCCAUCUGGACUGCAACAAACUGCACAAACAUCUGAUCCAGGUGCACAAACAGCUCUCAUCCCCGGCUGACUCCAAGGCUGCAAAAGAACUGUUUAGAGACCUGAAGGAUGGACUCGGUGCUCAGAGAGCGGCUCCGAGUGGUCCAGACAGCACCAAUCAGCAGAACACUGCUGGGACUGCUGAUGACAGUGAUGUCACAGUGAAGCUGCAGCCAGAUGAAGCUGAGAGCCAGUCAUCAAAGAACAAUAAUACACUCAGCCAAUCAGAGGACGAAGAUGUGAUGGGGCGCUGCCCCCCCCUUAACCCUUUUAUGAUACCACUGAAACUGCUGAUGCGCACUGAUACACACUGAUACAUUAAGAAGAUUGGCUCAUUGUGAUGCAUGGAAGGAAUUUUCUUUUUUUAUUGUUUUCUUUAUUUUAAAAAAGUAAAAUAAAAUGUGAAAUGUCAGACAGUCCAGAUCUGAUCUUCAGUUCCACUGAAAACUAGAACCAGUGUUCACGUCAAAGCGUAAUCAAUGAUUUGAUGAUCAAAGUAGUGGCUGAGUUAGCAGACAUAUCUCUAUAACAGCUGUUCAGUGGAGAACUGCUGCAAAGAAACCAUGACUGAGGAAGAACAAGAAUAGAAUUGUGAUUUUGCUAGCUAACAAAAAUGCAGUGUUACCAGAGAGUGAAUAUGCAACAAAAUUUCAAUAUCACCCAGAAGGAAGUAAACAACAAUGAGCUGAGAUGGUAAGAAAGAGGCCAUACGUGGAGCUGUAACUACUUUUAUACUGUAUCAUAACUUC